AUAUAUUCAGACAAGAAUAUAUCUCCUUCGCAAUGAAGGCUUGGAAGAAAGCUAUCGUUGCGGCCCCAUAUCAUCUAAUGCCUAGCAUGAUUGAAGAGCAAGCUUGUUACCUGCCCUGCCAAUUUAUAGCUGCAUCUCUUCAGCUGAUAAUGAGUUGCAUGGAUCUAGUGGUCUCAGCCUCGUACAACGACACUGCUUAUCAUCUUGUCAGCCCCAUCCGGCGAGCUUCUUCCAUCUCAUAUUCGAACAAGUCAUACAGUCGAAGCUCACCGAUUGAUGUUCAUUACUAAUGGCUAGUAGCACCCACACUAUCGACAUACCACUACUUGAGGGCGGUAAGGCACACAAGGCUAUAGACGCUUGGCCAUCGACACCAAAUUCUAUCCGAAAAUCAUGGUACAAUGUUGCAUGGGGUGCAUUUUUCGAUGUCUCCCUCCUCGCUGGCGCACUGGCGUUCCUUGCUUUUGCAUCUCUGGUCAGUCGCUACGAUCAGGUCUCAACACAGGCAUAUCCACACGCAACGGAACGCCUUCAGAGCGCGGCAAAAUAUGGCCCUACCGUAUUUCCCAUCCUGUUUGCCACAAUACUUGGGCGCGCGACACAUGCCAUUCUGCUCUGGCGCCUUGAGAAGGGGGAACGCAUGGGCAUUCUAGACACGCUAGCCUCAAGCACUUCACUUACUGCUACUGUUGUCUCUCAGUUCCAGCUACGCUCGCUAAGUGUCUUUGGCACAGCUUUGAUCACUGUGUGGGCUUUGUCACCUGUAGGAGGUCAAGCUUCACUUCGACAGCUGAGCCUCGGCGUCCAUAACCAGACUCUACCGGCCAGUUUCCAAUACAUGGUGCACAAUGGCUAUGGUACAGCCUGGCAACACUCCGAUCGAGCACAGCCUGUAGGGUAUCUAAACACGCUUUUCAAUGGCGCUAUCAUCGCCCCGGCCGCAACCCAAGCUUCUCCACGAGAUUCAUGGGGUAACGUUAAGAUACCUAGGAUUGAAUAUUUCGAGAAACGAAACGCACACGGUUUUCAUCCAGACGAUGAAGGAUGGUAUGAUACUAAUGAGGCUCUGAUUGGAGACUCCGGUGUCUACACAUCACUGAUCGGCAUUCCAUUUACCAACAUUUCAGAGUCGGGCCUGACCGUCAUGGACCCUGUGGGCACAAUGAACUAUACCACUAGUAUCCACACACCGUAUUUGGAUGUCAGCUGCUCUUUGAAUUCCUCAAUAAGUUUUGCAUGGCUGCAAACUCAUCCACCAUAUUCCACAACGUGGCAAAACUUCAGCGGUACCGGCGCAGGGAUAUGGACGAACUCAAGAAGUCGCAUGUCCAAGAAUUUGACGGAGAUUGGCACCUUCAAAUUCAGCUACAUCACCGCUACCUACAAGGAUGAUGAUUACAGACUUGAUUGCAAUAUUACCAACUCGUACGUUGAGACCGCGGUUGUGUGCCCAAGCAUGCGCGAAUGCAGAGCUGGCAAAGUGCGACGAUCUCAACUCAAUCAUUUCCCAGAGCAAUGGACAAUGCUGGACACAUUCUGGUUCAACGCCUACAUGAUUUUCGAUGACCUUCUCAAAAGCUCAAGCGGCGAUCACAUGGCUCCCACGAUGGUCGAUCGGUACCUUUCCAGCCCAGAUCUAGCGGUCACCGAUGCCUCGAUGUACAACGUUAGCAGCACAACCGAAACCAACUAUUCUAUCCGGUUGGGCCAACUACUGAAUGCCUACUUUACUGGCAUGAAUGGUCUGUACGCCAUAACUGGAGGCCUGACCAACAGUACUGCGUAUUUUUGGGAUAAUGAACAGUCUUUCAAGCCCAAUUUUACCAGCUCGUCCAACUAUACAGACUAUCCCUAUCAUUACAACUACACUGGGUCGAACAAAAAGGCACGAGUCUGGACUACCCAGGGUACAAAAACCUUCAGCUCAGAGAUCUUAGUAGCAAACAAAGCCUGGGUAGCCACGUUGGCCGUGGCCUCUGUUGUGCUCAUCCUUGCUAGCUUGGUCUCACCCAUCGCGCAUGUCUUCUUGAUUCGCGGACCAGAAGUCAUGAUGAACAUCUCUAGCCUGACGACGCGUGAUAACCCGCAUAUUUCUCUGCCAGACAGUGGGACGUUUUUAGAUGCGUCAGACCGUGCAAAGUUGCUUAAAGAGAUGAGAGUCAAGUUCGGAGACGUUGCAGGGAUGGCGGAUACGGGAUAUCUGGUUAUUGGAGCUCCAAGUGGUGCGCAUGGGAGAAGCAUAGCGGAGAUACAGAAAGGAAGGUUGUACGAGUAAGGUGGUGUAUCGGUAAGACGGUUUAUGAUUACGAUCCUCGGUGCGUGGUCCAGUUAGGCAACAGAAGGUUGGGGUUGUGUGCAGAUCUCGACUUAAUUGUAGGGUGUGUUGAGAGUAGGCAUAUGCCGUACUAGCCGAUCAUACUGCACGAGGAAAUCUCUGUAAACAAGAAGUCUACGUGGAUGGGUGUUCCCUACCCGUGUCCGCGGAACAUAAUGAGGUCAGCGGCCCUGCAGUAGCGCGUAAUAGCGGCAUCU